UUGGUCUUAAGUUGUAGGUUCGGUUGGUGGGAGUGGAGGUGGUUUCCAUGGAGUUUCUUUGAAGCAAUUUGUUGGUUUAGUUGGUUUUGCAAUCUGUGUAUUUGGAUUAAAGCCAAGUUGAUGCAGAGAAGCUUCAUGAAAUCAUGAAAAUCUUCUUUGUAUUAUGCACUUCUUUAGCCUGAGGAUUUGUUCAAAAACAUUUCAGGUGGUGUGGGGCCUUUUGAAUCAAGAAAGUGUAAUUUGUUUCAUCACAUUUUUCAUUUUACUCCUGGGAAGGGAUUAAAUAUGCAGACUCCGAAAGCAAGAACUUCUUCUAAGGAUCUGCAGCAAAGAACAUCUGUUGCUGCGCCUCGGGCGGGUCGAAAGCUCAAGAUUACAGCAGGUUCUGAGUCUGAUUCUGUUGCAUCUCCUAAUCCAACCAGUAGGAAUCCAAAAGGUAGGAGUUUGAAAGGGAAUGACAGACAAUCUCCACAAAGUUCUGCAUCUGAGAAGAAAUUCCCCAGCAAAGCUUCGGAGUUAGAGACACAUCUUCUUCAACUGCAAGAGGAGCUAAAGAAGGCAAGAGAACAACUAACUUCAUCAGACUCACUAAAGAAGAAGGCCCAGCGCGAGUUAGAAGACACAAAGAAGCAGCUAGCCGCCAUGUCCAAAAACCUCGAAGAAUCCCAAAACCAACUCCUAGAAUUCUCCGACUCCGAGGAAGCUCGGCUGCAAGAACUGCGCAAGAUCUCACAAGACCGCGACCGCGCGUGGCAAUCCGAGCUGGAAGCCCUGCAGAAACAGCACGAAUUAGACUCCGCGGCUUUAGCGUCCGCCAUGGCUGAGAUCCAGAAGCUAAAGGCGCAGGUCGAGAGAGUGAGUGGAGCCGAAGCCGCCCAGGCGAGGCACGCGGAAUCGGCGCACGGCGAGAUUUGUCAUCUGAGAUUGGAACUCGCGGAGACGAUUGGAUUGGUUGGGGAUUUGAAAGCUCAGUUGAAUGAGAGUAAGGAAUGUGCUGCAAAAGCUCUGCAAGAACUGGGUGAAGCUCAGAUGCAGCUGGAGGUGGCACGGCUCACAGAGGAGACGCUGCGCGCCGACGUUGUUAAAGCUAAGGAAUCAUGCAAAUCCAUGGCUUUUGAAUUGGAAUUGGAGCAAUCAAAGAAUCAAGAAACUGAGAGCAAUGAUUUGAAAGCAGAGAUUAAUCAGCUAAGAUCAGCAUUGGAGAGCUCAGAGAGAAGGUACCAAGAAGAGUACAUUCAAACCACUCUGCAGAUCAGGACUGCCUAUGAGCUACUGGAGAAGGCAAAAUCAGAAUCAUUGCAGAGGGAAACACACCUGGAGGCCAAAUUAAAAGCAGCAAACUCCGAAAUCGAAUCGUUGCAGAAAGAACUGUCAACAGAGAGAAUAUCAGAGCUAGAAUCAGAGCUGAAUAACUCAGAAACGGCUUUAGCAGAGCUAAAAGCCUGCCUGCUGGACAAAGAAACAGAACUGCAAUGCAUUGCAGAGGAGAACAGUUUGCUGAAAUCAGAAAUCCAGGACAGGGAAGAAGGAAAAAUCAUCAUGACUCGAACACUCGAAGAAUCAGAAUCCUCGACGACCAUUGAUGAACAGCUGAGAUCGGCCCAGGCUGCAAACCUGGACCUGCAGGCUGAGCUGAGAAGGCUGAAAAUUCAGUCGAAUCAGUGGCGAAAAGCCGUCGAGGCGGCUGCCGCCAUGCUGUCAUCUUCAACAGGCAAUAAUGGGAAAUACUCCAUGGACUACCACACCCUUGGUGGGAAACUGGGGUCACCAUUGUCUGAUGACAUCAAUGAAGAUGAUGACUCCCACAAGAAGAAGAAUGGGAACAUGCUAAAGAAGAUUGGAGUGCUUCUCAAAAAAGGUCAGAAAUAAAUAGAAAAAACAACAAACUUUUUGCAAGUUGCAAUGAAACAGAAGAGUGAUUUCUUUCAUUAGUUAAUAGUCCUGCCUUGUAACAAAUUAAAGAGUUUCUUGAAGUGUUAUGUAAGAAUGGUCUAUUAUUGUAAAGCGUGAUGUCGUAAUGCAAAAAUAAGACAAGAAGACAGUAUAGUUUGUAUUUUGUAAUAAUAAUAAAUAGAGAAUAAGUAUCAGACAGUUUUUUAUUUUUGGAUUACGACGUCGUGUUGUAUGGUAUUGUAAAUUUUUAUGUACUCCAACAAUUUUUUAAAAA